GAAAAAAAAUCUUUAAAAUCUAUUUGCAUGUUUUGUUAAAUUUGCACUCUUUCAAAAUUUGGUGGGAACUAAAAAAAUUAACCUAAUUCCACUAGAGAAGAAUAUGUAUCCUUUUAUUUAUCUCACUCCGCUUGCUAAAACCCUAGAGAUUGAUAUUUUCAGACAAAGAAUGGAUUCAGACACUGAGAUUCAGAUUUUAUCUCUAAUGGAGUCGGCCUCCUCCGACGCCGGAGAAGUUUUAUCCUCCCUCUCAGGGUACCUCCGACCGUUCUCAGACCUACAUACAUGCCGGGAAGAGGACAGAGCCCUGGCCGUUGGAUCCAUCACGAAGCACUUCAUCCCCUUCAUCAUCAAAUCCGUCUGUUUCCUACAUAAACGCCUCUCAGUCGUCACCCACGAAUCCCCUAGGGAUUUGUUCCGCGCGUAUGAUUUCUGUUUGGAAUGCUGCGAAUUGGUCUCCUACGAUCCUCUUGCCGUCCAGCUUCAGAGAAUCGGGCUGAUUCACUGUUACCAGACCUGGGGUUGGUUCACUCACGCCUACAACGAUGGUUUUAGAGUCCUUGACCACCUUAAAGGACCCGCCUACGACGAUGGUUUUAGAUUCCUUGAGCAGCUUAGAGGACCCGAGUCCAAAGGUGUACCGUUUUUACCAGAUCCCAAAUUUGGAGGAGCUAAACUGGCAAGAAUCCACCUCAUGGUUGUGGCGUCCAUCGUCAGGUCUGUAGCAAUGUCGCGGGAUAUGGACGAUCUCCACUACUUGAGGGGCACUUCGCUUCUACAUGGGCUAAAACCCUGGCUCAGGUAUUUGGAUGCCAAUGAACACCAAAAGUUUCUCAAGCUGCUCUUGUCAGAUAUGGGAGAGUGUGCUCUCUCGGUAAUUAGAGAAGCAGAGCGUUUCAAUGAGUCUUUUGUGCAUUCUUUCUGCAUCUCUACACUGGAGAAAUAUUCUGUUUCCCCGUUGCCAAAAUGUCAUUUAUAUAAGUUCUCUCGCGAGGUACUUUCUUUACUGUUUCUGUCCAAGGAGGCAAAAACAUCAUUAACCGUUGGACUUGUGAUGUCUGUGUUGAGAACUGUGGCAUGUGAAAACCAGGUUGAACCUAAAGAAAAUUGGUCGGAGCUUCUUGACUUAGUCACCUAUUGUGCUCAUAAUUCUCAGUUAACAGGAGAUGUAGUAUGGUGUGCAGGAGUUGCGAAACAGUUGAGUGAGAUAGCAGCUGUUUUCUCUGAGGCUAUACCACAAGCUAAAGUGAUUCUAAGAAUUUAUUCAGCUGGACUGUCCGUCAGUGUAGUUGAUCUUAAGUUGAGAGAAAAUGGUAAAGAAAGUUUAGGACUUCGAGCUUUACUUGGUGACAAAGAUAUAUGGAAAAGCUUAUUUUCUUUAUUUGGUAUGACUAACGAAUACGCUGGUGAGAAGACCACAUCUAGUGGUAGAAAGAAGAAUACUAAAGUCCAAACUGAACACAAAGCCGCGAUUGAAUACACGCUACCUAACCUUGAUGCUCUGAAAUUUUUGUGCCAACCGCUUGCCAGCUUGAUAAAUUUUGAGUGCAAAAAGAUGCUGCCGGAAAGAGAAUUUGCUUGUUAUACUGGUCAUCUAUCUGUUAUACAGGAUAUGUUUCUCCAAUUUUCCUAUGGUUUUCGCUUCCUUCAGAGAUGGACCCCUGACAAGGAACGCCUUGGGACUGACUUUCACAAGACUCUGCUAAACGUGGCUAUGGCUGCUUUUAUUAUUUCCAUGAGAACCCAACGUAAAGUAGAGAUCACUAACCGUCUAGUUGAGGAUGUAAUUGCUAGUCCGUGGAUUUCACCUCCAGAGCUCAAAUAUCUAUCUGCUUCAUUUCACGAUAUCGGUGUAGAUUUCUACAAGAUUAAGCACCUAAAAAUGGCUUCCAUGGCGUUCAAGAUAUGUAUCAGAACAGUGUGGACUUGUGUUAGACUCCUCUGUCAGAUAUAUGUAAAUAAGUCUGACCUAUCUGAGGAUUGUCUUCCCGAAGAAGCAAUUGUUGAUUUCGUGAGUGAAGCAUGUAGCAAAUCUGCAUUUUAUCUGGAUGUUCUCCAGCAACAUGGUGCACGAGAAAUCGACAAGUUGCUUGUGUUUAUUCUAGAAAAUUGGUCUGCAGCUGAAGACCUCAUCAAAAAGUUGUCAGACCCUACGCCGAUAAUAAAACAAUGGGUUAAGCUGGUACAUAAGCUUUUCUUGGGAUGUGAACAAAGGUGAGGUAUGAUCUACCUCUACCAUCUUGAUGUCCCUGAUAUAAGUGGCAUACUGUGAAUAUAUAUCACAGCAGAAUCACUAACUCCUUGAUAUUCAAGUCUUGUGAUUUUGUGCUAAGGCCAUCCUAUUCCUAAGUGCCUCUGCUUCAGCUUCAGCAGACGUCUUCAUGGCGUUCACAGUAGAUCUUCCUCUGACAAUCUCACGAGUUUCUUUGUAGCAUUCACAGCUGAAGCAUCUCUUUAACGCAUGUAAUCUAUGUAGAGAUUUCUCCUUGUUUCUGCCCAUACUCUGUUUUAAUUUGGAUAUCUUGGUUAUUUUGUAAAGAUAUACCACUUCAUUCCAAACAUUGAGGUCCACGAUUCCCUUUUGUUAAUGAGAUCAGGGAUAUUCUAUUGUUGAAGAUGAGAUCAUUCUAUGGUUUCCAAAUUCUCCAUCCUAAAAAUGACUGUGCCAAAGAUGUGGGGAACUAAUAACCAGAGAGAGAUUGGGGCAGGAUUUUUAGGUGAAUGUCAUGCGCAUCAUUCUCCUUGGAUAAAACCUGAGCUCCAGCA